AAUGUUAAAGCCUUCAGCGAAUCAUCCUGUCCUAAGUUUACAGGAUAAAGUAGGGCAGGAUUUCUCAAAGGACGAGAAUGAGGAGAGGGGUAAUUGGCCUGGGCGCAUGGAUUUUUCGAUUGCCUGCUUGGUAAGCACAAUAGGUUUGGGUAAUGUUUGGAAAUUUCCCUAUCUAUGUUCCAAGCAUGGAGCAGGAACGUUUAUAUUCGCCUCCGGGGUUUUUCUUAUAGUAUUGGGUAUGCCAUUGUUUUUAUUGGAAACAUCUUGUGGUCAAUAUACGAGCCAGGGUGUCAUGUCUUGUUGGGAAUAUGCUCCUAUUUUGAAUGGAAUCGGAAUAUCAAUGAUUGCAGUAUCAGCUAUGCUUGUCAUGUACUAUAAUACAUUGCUGUCAAAUGCACUUUGGCAUGUUUUCUACGCAAUUAUUCAUAGUGGUGACAAAAAUUGGCUCAAUUGCGAUAACGAAUGGAAUACUCCUUACUGUUCUGGUCUAAUUGAAAAGGAAACAGCUGAAUUAUGCGAAGCCAGCGCAAACAAAUCAGUAUUUAAUACAUCUAUUGAUUAUGCUAACGGUAUUUGUAUGGGGAGCAGAUUAUUAACGUUUGGUGGAAAAACUUCUUUAUAUCACAACGUACCUGUUGGAAGAUAUGUGAAUAGUUCGAAUCCUACUCAAAAAUCGAAAAACAUAUGGUUUCUUCCAACCGAAGAAUUUUUCUUCAACAGGUCAAAGCAUGUGAAUAAUCAUAAUAUGGAAAAUUUCGGUACACUCCAAUGGGAAAUGGUUUUAUCUUUAUUCGCUGUUUGGUCUAUUAUAUUCCUCGUUUUAAUGAAGGGAAUAAGAGUUUAUGGCAAGGUUGCAUACUUUACCAUCUUUAUCAAAAUAGUACUAUUAUUAUUAGUAUUAAUUCGGGGAUUGACUCUUGAUGGAGCCAAGGAAGGUUUAGAUAUUUUGUCCCGUUUUGACGUGGAAGAAUUAAAAAGUGCAUCACUCUGGGGCGAUGCCGCCGAACAGAUCUUCUUCUCGUUGAACAUUGGCCUAGGAUCGCUGAUAAGUUUAGCAAGCUACAAUAGAUUUCAUUACAAUAUUAUUAAAGAUGUGAUGGUUGUGCCAAUUUUAAAUUUCAUUACAUCCAUCGCAUGUACGCUGAUUAUCUAUUCAAUUAUUGGUAUGUUCCUUGAAGAAGCCGAACUACAAGAUAGAGACAACUUAAUGCAAUCGGGUGUGAAUCUGGCUGGAAUGUAUCUAGUACAAUUAAUGGAUAUCUACGUAACUAAAUGGUCAGCUCUAAUUAUAUCACUAUUAGAAUGCCUCAUGAUAAGCUAUUUAUACGGAGGUAAAAAGUUCACCGAAGAUAUUUCAGUAAUGUUGGGAGAUAUGAGAAGAUUUCCGUGGAUUCCUUGGAAUAUAUUGAAAUAUUUAUUCAUCGUAUUAUGGUCAGUUUUAACACCCGCCUUAGCAUUGGCCGUUUUCAUUUACGGGAUUGUUCAGUACUCUAAACCAAGAUAUGGGAACUAUGUAUUUUCAUCAUGGGUUGAAACUUUAGGCCUUAUAUUGGGUACCUUUCCUGUAAUGGUUUUAGCAAUUGUGCUUUUCAUUUAUUUAAUAUAUUACAAAGUGACCAAAUCGAGUUUUAUGGCUGCUUUUAAAGCAUCUAAGUAUUGGGGACCAAGCCUGACAAAGCAUAGGGUGCUAAUAGCACAUUCUAACGCAUUCGAAGUUGACCCUUAUAAGAAAGGAAUCGAUUUUAGCGAUUUAUUACAUAUGCAAAUGGAGAAAUCAACCGCUUCAAAUGCCUAA